UCAUAGGGUGGAGCUUCCAAGUUCUCCACCAUCUUGGGCACUCUUCCCAGUUCCUUGGCGUCCUUCUUGUCAGCAGGAAUCCACCUCUGCAGCCACAGCACUGGAUUUGUUGGUUAGACUUGUGAAGACUGUUUCCAUGACGGGAAAUCCCUCAGGCAAGGGAGAAGGGCUGCUUGUGCAAAGGACGUUGGGAUCCACAAGAGAGGCAGAAGCUCCCCAAGGCCACCCAAGUGACGAGGAAGGACCACUCAUAAAUUGCCUGGCUGUUGACUCCUGGAUCCUCUUUGCAGGAAAAGCAUCAGCCAGCAGCAUGUCUGAGGGGGGCGGUGGAUUGAUCUCCCCACCCAAGGGUCACUUUGACUGACGAGGCUCUGCAGAUGAAGGUGUGCCAUGCAGCACAUCAUUUCUGGUGCCCCUGUGAAUGCCACGGCCACGCUCCAUGAUGCCUUCACCCUCCUGGGCAUCCCAGGGCUGGAGUCCCUGCACAGCUGGCUCUCCAUCCCUUUCUGCUCCAUGUACCUGGUGGCUCUGCUGGGCAACGUUGGCCUCCUGCUGGUGAUCAAGAUGGAGCCCAGCCUACACGAGCCCAUGUACCUCUUCCUGGGCAUGCUCUCCCUCACAGACCUGGUGCUCUCCUCCUCCACCCUGCCCAAGCUGCUCGCCAUCCUCUGGUUUGGCAAGAAGGACAUCAGCUUCCACGCCUGUCUGGCCCAGAUGUUCUUCAUCCACUCCUUCACUUCCAUGGAGUCUGGCUUCUUCCUGGCCAUGGCCUAUGACCGCUACAUGGCCAUUUGUAACCCCCUGCACCACACGGCUAUCCUCACUAACGCCCUCCUGGCCAAGGUGGGGCUGGCCGUGGUGGUUAGGGGGCUGGUGCUGUUCCUCCCACACCCAUUCUUGGUGGGGCGGCUGCCCUUCUGCAAGUCCAAGGUCAUUGUCCACAGCUACUGCGAGUUCAUGGCUCUGCUGAAGCUGGCUUGUGCAGAUACAGCGGCGAGUGGGGGCUACAGCCUCACCGUGGCUUUCCUGAUCGGGGGCUUCGAUGUCUGCUUCAUCAGCCUCUCCUAUGGUCUGAUCCUGCACACAGUGUUAUUCUGCCACUUGCCCUCCAAAGAAGCCGGUUUCAAGGCCCUGGGCACCUGUAGCUCCCACAUCUGCGUCAUACUCAUCUUCUACACUACGGCCUUCUUCUCCUUCCUCACCCUCCGCUUUGGCCACAACGUCCCCCAUUCUGUCCACAUCCUCAUUGCCAACGUCUACCUCAUAGUUCCACCUGCACUGAACCCCAUCAUCUACGGCCUACGGACCAAGAAGAUCCGGGACAGGGUGCUGGGACUCUUUUCUUCAUGAUGUCUCAUGACCUUCCCAAGCACUGUUGCAGCGAUGUGUCUCUUACCAGAGAAGAUCUGCACACGUUGCAAUGUCCAACCGAAGGAGAGGAAGGAGACUUUGCAGUUUAGGGUCGGUUUGGAGGAAGAAAUAUCUGCCUAGCCUCUGUUGGGUCUUUCUGGUGUCUCCCAAGGGAAGCCACACAGUCUGGCAAUAUUCUGUUAGGAUAUUUAAAUUUAGUAGCUGGAACAGGGAAAUGUGCAAUGGGCCAGAACAGGUGUCCGUAGUUGAUUGGCUGGAGAGCGCCACCUCCUGCGUGAGGCAAUCUGUGCUAUGACUGGUUGCUGUAGGUGUCGUUUCCCUUUCUGUGUGUGCUCUGUGUGCUGUCAGUGAUUUUCCUCAUGAUGCUCCUGUUUGCCUGACCAUCUUGUCUGCUGUACAUGCAAAUGUUAAAUAAAUGUACUUGUAUAGCAUUAGACGGUUCAUGUCGAUAACCUGGCCUCCUG